AGAAGAAGAAGAAAAAAAAAGAAAUACCGAGAUGAUCGAACAUGUGUGGUUAAACGCGUCCGUGUGUUAACAUUACGGUGACGAUUAUUGGUUCUACAGAUGCUAAUAGUGACGCGAAUGGUGAUUCUUGGUUUUUCAGCUUCAAAUUCUGGAUUCUUCUCUGGUGAUGAAGCAAUUCUUACUCGUAGAAGAAGAGCUCAUAAUUCGCCGCUAAGGACCAUCGUUUUUCAUCGACUCGUUGUCGUCGUUGGCAGGAUUUUCAAAUACCCGCAGUAUCGUUCGUUACAUUCGUCAACAACAGCAGGAUCCAACGUAAGCGUGGAAAUAUGACGAACAACCCAGCGAAACAAAGUACGGAAACAGUGGAAGCGAGUAGCGUCGGCACAGUGUCUUACUACAGUCCGCUUGUGAUGCAACGACAACAGCAGAACGAAGAUGCGUUGGUACAGCAAGUACCGGAACAAAGCCAGGCUGAACAGGAGCAACAGCAGCCGAGCACUGUCAACAGUGCUCACAAUGCGCAAUAUUGGUACAACUAUCCGUACUUGCAUCCCCACCAGGCCAUCUGUCCACAGCAGUAUUUGAACUCGGUGGAAGCUGUACCUGGUUGGCCGCAGUCGCAAAACCAAUCGUACGCCGCCCAUUUGCACCAGUAUCACCAGAGUCCGCAGCACUCAAUGACACAACCUGCAGCCUCCACCACGAUGUGGAACAAUAGCUCAAGGUCACGGUUGGUCAAUCCCGCCGAGCCGAGCCCUUCGAAUACCAACAUCACCAAUGGGGCCAGGAGCGAAGUUGGCGAGGAUUCUUCGACCACACCGUCCACCGGUGCCACUAUCUCGCCGACAAACGAAACCGGCAAGCUGAAUAACACCAACAUGUCGUCGAACGACAGUUCCAACAGCGGCAACAGCGACAACAACAACACGACAACGGUAACAACGAGGCCGGCGCCAGUCAAAAGCCCCUACGAAUGGAUGAAAAAGACUUCGUACCAGAGUCAACCGAAUCCAGGGAAGACUCGAACAAAAGACAAAUACAGAGUGGUCUACACAGAUCAUCAAAGACUGGAGCUAGAAAAAGAAUUUCACUACAGUCGUUACAUCACGAUCCGCCGAAAAACAGAGUUGGCUAACAGCCUUGGGCUCUCUGAACGUCAAGUAAAAAUCUGGUUUCAAAAUAGACGAGCAAAAGAGCGAAAAUUAUUGAAAAAACAAGUAGAACUGGAACACAGACUGGAAGCAGCAGUGAACGGAGAGGCGAGCACGUCUAUGGCUGGUCUAAGAAUCAGUGGACCAUCAAGAGGAGCAGAGGAGAUGCCAGGAACAUCCAAUGGUAUGAACAACGGACACUCGUCGGGUCCUAACUUUGGGCAUUCCUCUCGUUACGUGCCGCCUCGAAGUCAGCCGGCUUGUACAAUUGUUUGUGCCAAUGUUCAUCCUGAAUCACAUUCUCACCCACUCUUACACUCUUCUUCUCAUUCCCUUUCUCAAUCUUCAUCUCAAUCACUUCCUCAAUCUUCAUCUCAACCUCUUCCCCAUUCUUCUUCCCAUUCUCUUCCUCACUCUUCUCCUCAGUCACUUCCUCAUUCUUCUCCUCAAUCACUCGCUCAUUCUUCUUCCCAGCCGCUUAUUCACUCUUCUACUCAGGCACAACCUCAUUCUUCCUCUCAGUCACCUCUUCAUUCUUCUUCUCAGCCGUUAUCUCAUUGUUCUUCUCAGCCGGUUUCUCACUGUUCUUCUCAGCUACUUCUUCACCACUCCUCUUCUCAGCCUUUUUCCUAUUCUCAUUCUCAGUCUCUAUCCCAUUCUCACCCCCAGCCUCUUACCCAUUCUCAUUCUCAACCUUUCCCUCUCCCUCUUUCUUCACCUCUCUCUCAGGCUCUUCCUUCACCUCUGCCUUCACCACUUUCUUCGCCUCUCCCUUCGUCACUUCCACAGUCGCUCCCCCAAUCUCUUUCCCAAUCUUUCCCUCAUUCUUAUCCUCAUUCCUUUACUCAUUCUUAUCCCCAAUCCUAUCCUCAACCUUAUCCCCAAUCCUAUCCUCAGCCUUAUUCUCAGUCUUUUUCUCAGACUCUUCCUCAGACUCUCCCACAAUCUGUCCCUCAGACUUUCCCUCAAUGCUUUCCUCAAUCUCUUUCCCAGUCCCAACCUGAAACUCAGUCUCAACUUCAAUCUGAACCUCAAUCCCGUUCUCAAUCUCGGUCCCUAACUCAGCCCCUAUCUCGAUCUUUAUCUCGAACUCAUUCUCGCCUUCACUCAAGGCCUCAAUCUCGACUGCAAUCUCGGCCUCAGUCUUACCCACAUUGUCAGCCUCAACCUCCAUCGGCACAACAGUUAUUGUGAUCUGAAAAACCGGUUAUUGAAACAUGCUCCAAUCGUAGCUGACACUACGGCCACCCUUCUCGUGCAAUAGUUGAAACGACUGUGUUCAUAAGAAUGGCAGAAUCAAAAUUUGUUCAAGAAAUUACUAUUAAUUAAAUGUUAUCAAAACUUUGUUUAUUUAAGAAAUUAAUUAACUAAUCAAUCAAUUACACUUUCUUAAUUAAAUGAAUUAAUUGGACUUCGUCGUAUAUAUUUGUCUAUUCCAUUCAGUUGUCUCAAGUUUUUGAGAUCUUUCACUUUAUUCUGUUUACUCAUUGAUGAAAAUAUUUCGAGUAUUUACGAUGUUAAUUUACUUAUCUAUUUAUUAUUUUAUUUAUUUAUUUAUUUUCUAUUUUAUUUAUUUAUAUCUCAUUCUUAAUUAAUCAAUUUAUUUAUUAGCCUAAUUAAUUUAAUUUAAAUCAGAUUAAUUUAAUUAUUUAAGUCUAAUUAAUUAAAUUAUUUAAGCGUAAUUCUUAAUUUAUUUAUGUAGAUAUAAUUAAUUUAAUUAUUUAAAUUUAAUUAAUUUAAUUAUCUAAGUCUAAUUAAUAAUUUAAGUCUAAGUCUUAAUUUAUUCAAUUAGGUCUAAGUAAUUCUAUCUAAGUCUAAUUCUUAAUUUAUUUGACUAGGUCUAGAAGCAUACUCGAAAUAUUUUCAUCAAUGGUAUGAGCAAACAGAAUAAACUUGAAGUUCUCGAGACAGUUAACUCAAAUAGAUAAAUUUAUACGACCAAGUCCAAUUAAUUCAUUUAAUUGAUUUAUUUAAUUAAUUUUUUAAAUAAACAAAGUUUUGAUAACAUUUAA